AUGUGGCCACGCCGCUUCGCUCGCCGCGCCGCUCCACCGCCGCUGCUCGCAUUGCCUUCGGUCCUGCUGCGGCGCUGCUCCUCGACCCGCAGCCACGCCGCACCGCUGAGCGACGAGCGCAUCAUGCAGCCGGCAAGUGAGCACGGCCGCUGGCUGCAGCUCGUGCCCGCCUGCCUCUCCGGCGCGUCCAUCGGCACCUACCUGGCCACGCCGGCCGUCCUCGGGCCGCACAUCUGCCGGGCGCAGGGCGUCGUGGCCCAGAUGCCGACCGACUUUGCCUUCAGCGCAAUCCCGCAGGCGGCCGUCCUGGGCGGCGCGACGAGCGCCGUCGCCAGCGUCCUCCUCGCGCCGCACGUGGCGCGCAUGGGCACGCGGCGGAUCGCGCUCGCCGGCGCAUGCCUCUUCCCGGGCGGCAUGCUUCUCGCCGCGCUCGCGGUUCAUGCCAAUCACUGGCCGUUGUACGCCUUCAGCACCACCGUCGUCUCUGGGCUCGGCUUCUGGUGCGUCUAUCCGCAGAUGCCGCCCUUCCUCGCCACCAAGUGGUUCGCCGACGGCCGCCGCCGCGGGCUCGCGCUCUCCCUCUACUUCGCCGCCUUCGGCUCGGGCCUCUUCUUCGCGACGCCCUUCCUCGAGGCCGUGCUCGCCGCCUGCCGCCUGCCGCCCACGCGGCUCGGAGGCCUCGACCUCCUCGGCACCGACGCGCUCUCCACGGGCGCGCGAAUCGGAGAGCGGAUCGCGCAGCUGGACGGAGCCGCCGCAGCGCGCGACCUCUCCGCCAGCGGCUUCGCGGACUCGCUCCGCGAGGGCGUCUUCCUCCUCGACGGCGCGAGCGGCGCAGCGGAGGCCCUCGCCGCCCUCGCAGGCCGCACGCCGCAGCUGUGGCUGCUGGCGGGCGGCACGCUCGGCCUGUCGAUGGCGGGGCUGCCCUUCCUCUCGGUCGGCAAGCUGAUGAUCGCCAACAUUGGCGGGCGGCUGCUGUGGGGCCCAAUCGGCGACGCGGCGGGCUGCGGCAUGCCGCUCGCGACGCGCGCACUCGCGGGCGGCGCCGACCCCGAGACCGCCCUCACUCUCUUCCGUGCCGCGACGUGCGUCAAUGUCGGCGCUUACGCGGGCGUGCCGGCGACUGCGGACCUGUUUGGCUCAGCCGACGCUGCGGCCAUCUACCAGCGCAUCGGCGCGACCAUCACUUUCGCCUCGCCCCUCGGCGCCGCCGUGUGCACGCGCUUGCGCGAUGGCGCCUAUGCGCAGCACGCAGCGGCGCUGACCGAGCUGUGCGCGCCGCCCGCCGCGCUCGAGCAGCUGCUGGCCUCCAAGGCGGUGACGCUGCCGCUGCUGCUGCACAUCGCGCCAGAGGGAACGCCCGACCCGACUCCGCUGCUGUACGACGGCGCAUUCUGCGCGCUCGGGAGCUGCGCGGCGCUCGCGUGCGCGUGCAACGGCGCCGCCUUUGCGCUGCCUCGGCCUUACGGGGGCUCCCGUAGGGAGAUCUGCCGCAGAUGA